AUGAACAUGAACUCAGCAGACCUCCCCGAAAAUUUUCUUCCUCCAGUCAAUCGAUCUAUGCAAACCCUGGACAGGUCCUUCUUUCGAAAGGUCAUCCCUCUAGCAGCUGCCACCAUCUCAGACCUCAAGCAAAUUACGAAUGUCAGGAAACAACUCGACAGCUCCGGAGACAUGCUCAGGUUGCACCCUAUCAAACCAAUGCGGGAUGAUGAAAUUACUCCCGGAGCAAAAUGUCUCUUGCUGAGACCGGAGGUUGAUGCGAAUGCGCCUGAAACGUGGUCGUCUACUAUUUCAAAAUUGGUGGAAGCCAAUCUAGCAAAAUUACGCCCGUACGAUUUAACGCUCACCUAUGAUGACUGGACUAUGAAUAAUAUCCUCGAAGCCAUCCUUCCCGAAAUACCAGACGAAGAAAAAGAAACUCCCGCCGGUUUCGCCCAGGUAGGUCAUGUCGCUCAUGUGAAUCUACGAACACCGUAUCUGCCGUACAAACACCUGAUCGGGCAAGUCCUUCUUGACAAGAAUCCCACCAUCACCACGGUCAUCAACAAGACUUUCGACGUCGGAACCGAGUCUGUCUUUCGAACAUUUCCUUACGAGGUCCUUGCUGGUCCCGACAAUCUCGACGUGAUAGUCCACGAAUCCGGAUGCGAAUUCAAAUUCAACUUCGGCAAAGUCUAUUGGAAUUCUCGCCUAGGCACAGAACAUGCUCGGCUUUUUGAGACGUUUAGCGAAGGUGAAGCCGUCUGCGACGUCACGGCUGGAGUCGGACCUUUCGCUAUACCGGCAGGGAAACGAAAAGUUUUCGUGAGAGCUAAUGAUCUCAAUCCCGAUUCCCAUGAAAGCUUGCAAGAUGCAAUCGUAAGAAACAAAGUCGCCAGUUUCGUGACCGCGUCUUGUCAAGAUGGCAGAGAUUUCAUUCGCAAGGCGACAGCGGAACUUGCACGCUCGCCACGGAGAGUGACGAUAGAGCCGAAAAUCAAGGCUUCAAGACAUGCCAGCAAAGAAGACAAGGAGGCCGUACGAGAAGCAGCCAAAAACGAUACGAGAACGAUGCAAGAACCAACCAUUUUUUCACAUUAUGUCAUGAACCUACCUGCGUCCGCCAUCGAAUUUCUGGACGCAUUCAAAGGCACUUAUCACGGUCGAGAGGGAGAGUUCAAACCGCAUACGUCACAGAAGCUGCCUUGGAUUCACCUCUAUCUAUUCCAAGCUAAACUUGAGACUGAACAUGAUGAAUUCGAGGAGAUUUGCCAGAAGAUAUCAAGGCAUAUCGGCGCAGAAGUCAACCUCUAUGAUGAAGAGUUGGAAAUGGAGAUUCGUUAUGUUCGGCUCGUCGCACCGAAGAAGAAGAUGUUCUGUGCCAGUUUUCGGAUUCCGGCAAGUGUGGCAUUUGUGCAGCCUUAG